UGCCAGGAAAUAUACGUCGAAUAUCCAACUGGAUGAAUAAUACAAUGCCUUUGGAUAAAACGAAGUUCAUCGACUUCGGCAUCACGCCACUCCUGAAGAAAUGCGAACUAGACCGUUUAAAGACGAAAUUCUUACCAGUGGUGGUCAGAAAGUUUUCACACGUCCCUCUUGACGUCAUCGAGGACAUAACAUUCCUGACAUCCGACAGCGAUUUCUGUCUCGCCCUCCAGAAAUUAUCUAGCCAGGCCAGGGACGAGUUCUUUGCCGAGGAUGACGAGUUUCGGGCACAGCAGUUCCAAAUUGUCGCAAACCAGCCGAGAAUGUUUUACACAUUUCGGAAAAUUCUCGAAAUCGCUCUUAAAGAUUUACCGGAUGUCUGCACACAACCUAUUGAUGAGGAACAGGAAUUAAUGGCGGACGCUAAGAUUGCACACGUUGUCUGUAGUUUGCUUGUGAGUGGUUCGGAUAUUUUGGAAGUUUUCGCCAAAAAGCUGAGUUAUGAACCAUGCCUUAUGGAGCUAUUUGCACGUUUUGUGAAGGAGGCAAAACCAGGUUAUUUUGAAGACACCGCCGGAUUGGGUACAAAAAUUAUUCUUGACCCAAUCAUGACUAUUAUUCACAACUGUGCUUCGUUCAAAUCAAACCGAGGUCGGUUGGUUCAAGCAGGUGUCCUCGAUGAACUGAAGCCCUACCUCGAAAAACAAGAUGGCAUCCAUGAAUCAGAGAUCGUCCAGAGCGUGGCAUUUAUAGCAGACGAUGAAGAUGCUCAAUUGUUUAAAAUGAAGAGGGAAGUUAUUACGGACGACUUGGUGGUGAAGCUAAAGGAAUGCAUGAAGUCGGAAAGGAGGAAAGCGGGCGGAUGGAACGUAUUGGAAUUGAUCAAGGGUCUCGGUCGUUUGGCGCUAAACGGAGACAACAGGGCUGUGAUGAGGGAAUGUGGUGUUGUGACCUUGAUGUUAGACUUGAUGAGGUCAAAGGUCAAGAGCGAACAGUAUGAGGCUCUGUGUGCAUUGUGGACACUGAGCAGAGAUCCGACAAUGAAUAACACGAUUGCAGCUGACAGCGACGCCAUACGCAGAAUCACGGAACUAUCAUCUGAAUCACCGAAAGACCCGCAAGAAGUUGCCGUUGGUCUACUCGAAAAUAUCAAGCGGAUAGAGAUAUAGGAUUAUCUUACAUAUCGACAUCUGGCUGGUUUUGCAAGUGAUAGCGAUUUAGGAAGUAGGUGUCAAUAUCCUAUCAUGUUGUUAGCAAGAACAUUACAACGGUUAAGUCUUAAUAAUACUUGUUAGUCAAUUAAAAAAAACCGAUGUAAAUACAAUAGUAUUUAAUCACAGUAGUUUGGACAAAAUUGAGAUCAAGGGGUGAAGGUGAGAGUCUAUUUCGCUACAGGGCGCCCAAGAAAUAACUUCCGAUUACACACUAAUGAUGAUAUAGGGGCCUGAAUCAAAAAAACUACGAAAGCAACAUGUGUACUGAAGAAAGUGAUCACAAGCCCAAAGUAUUUGCCAUAAUAUGGCCAUAUUGGAAGUGACUAAUUGGCAAGCCCGGCUUACCAAACAGCGACGUUUUCUUGUCCUGAAUGGAGAGCCGAACUCAUUAAUAUUGAAGUAAAGUCUCCAGCUCGCCAAACAGGGUAGAUUUUUUACCUGUUUGGCAAGCCUGGCUGGCCGAACAAGGUGGCUUUUUAGUGCUGUUUGGCAAGCGGCUCUCCAAACAGGACAAAAAAAGAUGCCUGUUCGGCGAGCGGCUUGCCAAAUAGACCCGGCCUAAUAUAUUUCGUCCUUUUGAUAGGACUUUCUCAGUCUCACUGACUGACGGAGGUCGCUGAUUAGCUGACCUCGGUAGGACCUGAUGGUAGGUGUGAAAGUUGCAGACCCCGUCUCUGCACAGGCUGCAUGGCUCGACCACUGUCGGUCAGUGUACUGAGGAAGUCCUUAAUGAAAGCACGAAAUAUUUACAAGGUAAAUCAUUUCUGAAUCUGAUAAAAGAACCUUUAUCAAUCGUAAAUGCCAAAUGAUGGAUCCUUUUAAUCAACACGGAAGCAGUAAUUAAUCUGGAGUGACAAGGAUAUUAUCUUGGGACAGAUAAACGUGAAAGUAUCUGUUAAUACGAGCGACCCGAGCUCUAUUAAAUAAGUGAGGUCAAAAUGCAUUUGAAAAAAAGGUUUUACCAACUAGGUCUCUUAUACAACACUCAUUGACUGACACGCACACGAAACACAAGAGUUUCGGAACCUUUCUACUUAAUAUUUUCGCAAUAAUUCUCAUUGAACAGAAAAAGAUGGUUUUAUCCUUUUUGAGCUGAUCGUCAUACAUAACAACAAACCCCUGUGAUUUCUUUAGUUAAGGGGUUUGAUCUCGGCUAAGAUCUCGGCGAUCAAAUCAAUCCGAUACGAGCAGGAUUGAGUUUGAAAGCUCGGGAAGUGAGAAUCGAACCAGGCCUUGUUGCCUGCCCGCAUAACCUCAAUAUGAAAAUGUUCGUUUUGCCACAUUCAGUCAGAAUUGUCGCUUUUAGUAGUAAAAACACACGUCUUUUUCGGCCACUGCAAUGAGGAAAUUCUCGUAAGUUCGAAAAUUAGAUUGAAUUAAAUCCAAACUUUGAAGUAAUAUGCCCAGCGGUUUUUGCACAGCAGCCCAAAAGGGCGUUGACAUUUACUUCUGAAAGCGACUAUAGUAAGAUGAACUCAAGAUAAACAACUUUUAUCAUCUGCACACCACGCUUUUUAAAAGCUUCAACUUCAACUGAUUGUCGCGAUCAGUUCCUAUAUAGUUGAUCGAACGGAACUGCAUCAACUAAUUUCACCACCGCUGUCUUUAUGAAUAAAUUAUA